CGCCUGGUGUCGUCGCUGUGUGCUGAUGAUUCGUGGGCGCAUGGUCGUGGUACUGUCGGGAUCGUACUGUGGUAUUGAUAUUUGUCGCUUAUAUCAACACAAAGAUAUAUGGUGAAACACUGCCAUUUCAACAUGAUGUAUAUUCGAACAACCUGUGUCUUUUUUGGAAUCAUGUCAUGGGCGUGUUUCUGGAUAUAUGGAGUGGAUGGAACGUCUACAGUAAUUGAACGUGAAGCGGGAAGUGAUGUUAUUUUAGAGUGUGAAGGGGUAAGUAAGAAGGCAGCCAUCUGGUAUAUGCCAGACAUCGAUGGAUAUGUUGUGGAUAUGUUUGAGGGUCCUGAAGGAUGCAAGAUACGCUACGGGAAUCCACGUCGGUCAGAGCUGUCAUUGGGAAGUACAAACUGCAGAAAACAUGCCCUCAAAAUCUCCAACAUCAGCAAGGUGCACGAAGGAAAUUGGAAGUGUCAAAUACAAGGAGUAACCAGAAGCAUCGAUGUCAAUGUUUUGGCACGGUCUGCAGAACAAACAACUGAAGUAACAACGACUACGUCAUCGUCACCAAGGGCAAAAGUGACAUCAACAUCAGCAGCUCAAGCCACUACUACGUCCACUGCCCCCGGAUCUACUCACUCAACAAAUGAACCUACAACCUCUGUAACGGAUACAAGCAGCACAGGGUUUAAGAAUGAAAGAACCGAAGACUCUACAAAUCCCCAAACACCCCCCGUAAACUCCAUGCUGCCCCUGCUUGGCGGAACCAUUGGCGGCGCUCUGGUUCUACUUGCUGCCGUCAUCACCGUCUGCUGCUUACUCCGAUCAAGGAAACAGAGGCAAACCGAUGGCUCUACUGAGCGGCCUGUCAAAGGUCAUCCCAGAAAUCAAGAUCCGGAACAGAGAGAAGAUGCUGUGAUGGUGGGUAAUCCCAUCUACAGCAGCUACGAUGGGGACGUGGACUAUGCCCAGAUAGGUGGGGCCAGACAGACAGCCAGCACCAAGGACCCCCAGGCGUCCCCUGGUACAUCUCAGGAGGUUACAGACAUAUACGCCAUCCCGGAUAAACAGCGUUCAUCAACACUGAAUGCGGAGGCCGUUGCCUGUGAUGUGUACAGCGUCGUACAGAAACAACCCAAGUCGGAAGGUGAAGACAGUGAAGUGGACUGUGAAGUGGACUGUGAAGCGUGGACAUGGUUGUCACUCGUGACAGUGUAUGUAACCAAGGACGUUUUGAAAUUGAAGCCACAUAUUACUGAUUCACCAUUUAAUGGACUACAGGCGUGGACAUGGUUGUCACUCGUGACAGUGUAUGUAACCAAGGACGUUUUGAAAUUGAAGCCACAUAUUACUGAUUCACCAUUUAAUGGACUACAGGCGUGGACAUGGUUGUCACUCGUGACAGUGUAUGUAACCAAGGACGUUUUGAAAUUGAAGCCACAUAUUACUGAUUCACCAUUUAAUGGACUACAGGCGUGGACAUGGUUGUCACUCGUGACUGUGUAUGAAACCAAGGACGUUUUGAUGUCAUUUUGUUAAUACUGUGCUGUAUCUUGUUUUUCAAUAUAACUCUUUGGAUGUACACAUUCUCCUGUCUUCAAUGGAUAAGUUGAAGGACAAACUCUCACCCUGCCAAAAGACCACACAUAAUUAUUUGUAUUUAUCAACUACUGUAUUUGGAUAACUGUUUUUUUCUUUAUUGGCGUUUCUAGGCUGUACAAUGCAUUCGUAACACAACAUAAAAUAAACUUUUGCCCAGUGAAA